CCCGAAUGUUUUCUCAGGUGAUGCCAUGCGGCCGCAGCCGAACAUUGGAAUAAACGAGAAGAGACGGAUACCGCCGGAUUACUAUAUACCAUCAUUCUCAUUUGAAAUAUAAGGAAUUAUGCCAUAACAUGGAAGACAAAGGGAGAGUACGUCAUAUACGUGAACAUCCGGAAUUAGGUGUCGAGUGCCUUUACAGGAGACAGACGUCUUAGAACAAAAUAAAGAAAGGACCCGGGUCGAGAUGCGGGACGAGAACCGGCUCGAAAUCCCCGAAGACCCAUUCACUCAGGAACCACACCGACGGAUAUCACUCUGCGGAGGUUAAAACCAAAAGCGUGGAGAAGGAUGCCAGUUUCGAGCUGAAGAAGGAAGAAAGCUGUCGUCUCCAGGAGACUCUUCAUUCCCCAAGUGGAGUCUCAACAACAACCUCCAUGUUCCUCCACAAAGCUAUGAGGUAUUACAGGCUGUGGAUCUACUCGUGCAACCUGGUUCUCCUGCUGAGUGUGGUGGCGUUCGUGUCCCUGGCCGGCUGGACGGCCGCCGACUUCCGAAUGGCGCUCCUCCCGGGCCUCGACGCCCGGCAUCCCAGUCUCCUGUGCGCCUACCUGGCGUUGGCUUUGCAGGGCGGGGUCCUGCAGGCCCUGGGCUGCCUGGGUGCCCUGCGCAUGCACGAGCGCCUACUGCGUGCCUACUGGACACUGUUGCUACUGCUGCUGUGUGGUGACGCGGUACUAGGUGCUGUUUGGCUGGCCCGGUUCCGCAGUCUACAGGGGGCGCUGCGCGACAGCCUCAAGGCGCGGUUGGCAGAGGCGUACGGCGCAGACCUCGAGUACCGCCUGCUCUGGGAUCGGCUGCAGGGCGAGGAGGGGUGCUGCGGUGUGGACGGUCCGGCGGACUUCGAAGAGAGCACUUGGUUGCGUGGUGAGCGGCGUGAGCAUCCGCAGCGUCGAGUGCCCGGUAGCUGCUGCCGGUCGGCGCCGGCGCCUAUCCAGAGCAACAACGGAUCGUCUGCGAGCAGCUGCGUCGAGUCGAGGGCGCCGACGCUGGUGCACGUGACUGGGUGCGGGGAGCUGCUCAGGCGCUGGCUGACCAGCGCUGCGCACUCCCUCGCUGUGCUGGGCUUCUGCGUGCUCGCCUUCCUCAAGCUCUGCUUCUUGGGCAUCCUCCGGUAUGAGAUCCGAGAGAUGAUCCAGAAGAUCCGGGUGCUCCGGGACAUGAGCGAGUCACCUGGACUCAUGGACCCUUCGGGCCCGGCGAGUCUACUUCCGGGCACCGCCAUGGCGGCCAAGGCGCGGCGACAAAAGCCGAACCCGCCGCCGAACGGAAACAACAAUGAGGCGGAGCCGCCGCCCUACUCGCCGACCAGGAAUAGCUCCAGUCCUGUGUGA